AUGGAGAAUAACGAUGGCACUGCCAUUUUAAACACUGGGCUAGAACCACGUGCUGAAGUUACCCAGCGAUUGCCUUUCAAAACUAAUCAAGAUGCAGUAAAGGAAGCUAGUCCUGCAAACGGCGUAACUAGUAGCAGCGAUGAAGACGCACAUGUACCUGUUACGGAAUUACACUUGAAAUCACACGAAUGGUUUGGCGAUUUUAUAACGAAACACGAAGUUCCACGCAAAGUUUUCCAUUCGUCCAUUGGUUUUAUCACAUUGUAUCUAUACACUCAAGGUAUUGAUUAUAAAAAGGUUCUAUGGCCUUUAAUAUACGCAUUCGUCACAUUGUUUAUUUUGGAUUUGACAAGAUUAAACUGGCCCUUUUUCAAUAUGCUUUAUUGUAGGACGGUAGGUGCCUUAAUGAGGAAAAAGGAGAUUCACACGUACAACGGGGUAUUGUGGUACCUCCUGGGGUUGGUGUUUUCCUUUAGUUUUUUUUCCAAAGACGUUACUUUGAUAUCAUUGUUCCUACUGAGUUGGUCCGAUACAGCCGCCGCGACGAUCGGAAGGAAAUAUGGUCAUUUAACACCCAAAUUGGCGAGAAACAAAUCUCUUGCAGGCUCGAUAGCUGCAUUUACAGUUGGGGCCAUCACCUGUUGGACAUUUUAUGGUUAUUUUAUACCAACUUACUACUACGUCAAUAAACCUGGAGAGAUUGAAUGGACUCCAGAAACAAGUAAAUUAAGCUUGAAUAUGUUAUCGUUGUUAGGUGGUGUGGUUGCUGCAUUGAGCGAAGGUAUUGAUUUGUUCAACUGGGAUGACAACUUCACUAUUCCUGUACUAUCAUCACUUUUCCUAAAUGCUCUAAUCAAAGCUUUCAAAAUAUAG